CUAUAAAUACUGCAUUUCCAUGUUUCUGGAAUCGAAGGUAAAUAAUUUCCCGUUUUUGUGUUUCUUGUUGUCAUCUCAGCACAAUUAAAUCACCACACAACCUGUCUACUAUCGCUCUGGAAAGGGAUAAUAAUUAUUGAUAAGUGUAUAAUUCCUUCCUUGGAAAUUUACCUGAACUCAUUUGAUUUCCAUAGUGAUAUAGGGUAGUCUAUGUUAUACUAAUAUAGCCUUUCGUAUAUUUAGAUGCAGAUGCAUAUUAGUAGAGUUUCAUUCUAUAGUGAAAGAGUCUUGGUGAACUUUCGUAAACUCUUCCAUCAAUUUAUUAGUACUCGUCUCAUCCAUUCAACUCAGUCCCAUUCACCCCGGUUGAUUGAUGUUUUUUAAACUGAUAGACGCCUGCGUCAUUGCACAUUUUUCAAGUUUAAACAAAAAAAUAGAUUUCGUUUCAUCAAUUGAUUUGGACUCGGAUGCAACUGCGCGUCGAUGCAAUUAGACAUAUCGCGACGGUGGUGACAUUUGUUUCACACUUUACCUCGUUUUCUCCCGUUUUUGGUGUUAUCACCUCAAUGUUGUUUCCGGUAAUGUAGCACAGGUUGGUCGCCGCCGGCAGCAGUUGAAUCCCAUCCGCCCACUCGCCUAUAUCCGCACAGAGAGCCGUUUUAAUAUUAAAUUUUUGCGUAGGCCAUGUAGUUUGGUAGUGUCUUUGGUUGUGUGCAUCGUUUAGAGUUUCAAGCUGGCACAUCACGAAAUGAAAUUGCUUUAUUCAUCUAUCGCCUAUGAGAGACUACGCCCCAUUGUUUCUUCCCUGUGUGGUGCUACACACACAUCAGAUUGUUUGAUAUCUCCGGCGUAGAUGUGAUAGAAUUCUGGGCUUUUUAUUUUUUCUGGUAUGGAUGCGUGGCAAGUCGACGCAUAUGCAUAGUGUCACAAUGAUAUAUCUUACCUUUCUUUUUCUCUUCCAGAUGGAUGUGGUGGAAUACGUACUUAUAUAAAUUCCGAGACAACACUAGCGAAGCAGACAGUACUGACACUCUCAUUGUUCCGGUUCAAACUCUCAGAGAAACAAGUCUUCUUUUUGUUACACGUAAAAGGAGCUGCUGAUCUCAAUCAGCUUUUGACUUGGAAAAUCAACUGUGUUUCAUCAACAUGGGAAUUUCAAAUUUCCCGCCUCAUCUGAUUUUACUCGUUUUCCCGCUGAUUUUAAUCAUCGACACGACGAAAGCCGUGGCCAUCCACCACGAAAGGACAUUGGUGGAAGAAAGACGUCGCCCGGAUGAGACGGCCUCGAUCAAUUGGACGGAAUUGAUGGCCAAUGGCGAGCUGGACCAACGGGCGAAACGGGCCCUGUUUCUCAACUUGGUCAAUGCGCAGCAAGCCAAAGCCGAAGAAAACAUACGUAGUAGCAUUCAUUCAUCAUUUAUUGCUGCGGCAUUUAAUUACGAUUAUUGGAUUGAUUUUGGCAUCGAUCAAACAGGGAGGAGGAAGGAUUUUUUCAAAGUCCUUGUCGCCGCUACAUCAGCCGCCUCGAUCAAUGAACGCACCGAUAUUACGAAUCAUUCGGCCCAGAACGAUGUUGAAUAGUCGACGACCACCAGUUUCAUGACUGCCAAUCAAACGGCACGGACUUUGUCUUUUCCUGACGCGUGUGUACCAAGUACAGAGAACUUGUCAUCUCUAGUCUGCAUCAACAAAACAAUACAGACGAAUAAACGUUUCAUCGUUUACUGUA